CAAAAACAGUUUUGGUCUGCAAUAGUCGUCUAUCUCUCUACCACUCUCACACCAAGAGAGGUGGAGGACCAAAGCUUUGAUUCAUCUUCAGAGUGAAAAUGGCGUCGUACACGCUAUCGUUUAUCCCUUUGACGCUCUCUAAUCCUCGGAUCCUUGUUUCCAGACAAAUUGGAUCUUUCUCCUCUUCUUCUCGGAUUCCGCUUACUUCUUCUCUGUUAGGUAAGAAGCUUUUGGUGACACAACCGUCGCGCCACAGCUUCGUCUCCAAGCACAGGUGCUUGACCUCUGCCAGCACAGUCUUAAACGUCCCAACUGCGCAACCAGAGAAUGGUUCUUCGGAUAAGAUCCCAAGAUGGUCAGCGAGAGCUAUAAAAUCACUUGCAAUGGGGGAAUUGGAGGCUAGGAAGCUCAAGUAUCCAAGCACUGGUACUGAAGCCAUUCUCAUGGGUAUCUUAGUCGAAGGUUUGUGCCCAGAGCAUCCUCCUCUAACUGAGCCAGCUCAAAAGGCCAUUGCCUGGGCCAUUGAUGAGAAGAAUAAAUCUGCUGUGGAUGGUGAAUUAACCACGGCAUACUUGCUUCUGGGGAUUUGGUCUCAAAAGGAUUCAGCAGCCCGCCAGAUUUUGGAGAAGCUCGGGUUCAACGAAGAUAAAGCCAAAGAAGUUGAGAAAUCGAUGAAUGAAGAUGUCGAUUUGAGCUUCAAGAAACAAGGUCAAUAGUGAUGAGGUUUAUUAUAUCAAUCAGCAAAUAUUCUGUAACUGUAUAUGGAGUAGCAAAAGCAACUCUUUGAUUAAAGACUCGGCAAAAGACCACUCUCUAGAAGGAAUCACUUUUAUCGAGCUAAGACAUUUUGCAGGCCUUCUUUAGCAUCAACUUUCAAUACUUGUUUGUGGUUAGUUUCAUUUAGCUUUUUUUGUAUUAUCACAAUAUACAAACUCUGGAAUAGUGCUUUGAUUCUCGGAUGGGUUUAUGUUACUAAAAGGGAUCAACAUGCAGAAUUCCACAUCUGUCGAGUGAUGAUUGACUCCUUGUUGUCUUUCUA